CAACAUGGCGGCGCAUCAUGUAAAAUUUGUGUCGUUCACUUCUAUAUUCACUCCAAGCUUUCAAAAAUGUUUUUUGCCGAUGUUUCGCAUUUCUACCCAUCAAAACCUUCCUUUGAAUAAUUUAUAUUCAUACCUUUCACAUGUUAGAGGCUAUGCAAGCAAAAAAGGCAAUAAAAAGAAGAUCAUGGCCGCAUCAUUUGACAGCAAUGUUGCUGAGGGGAUUGUUGAUGUCGAAAAACUAACGUCUAGCAUGGAGACAGAGUUAGAUAAAUUACGUCAUGCAUUUAAAAAUUCGAUAACAACGAGAAUUUCAACAGCAUUUUUCGACAAUAUCAAAAUAAUGUCUGGAAAACGUAAAACAUCUCUUGGAAAUGUAGCCAUCAUUCAAAAUAACGAUGACAAGUAUAUUUUGGAUCUUGCUUCAUCACCAAAUCUGACUCUAUCUGUAAUGAAGACUUUGAAUGACAAAUCUAUCUUCAGUCCAACACUGGAAGGAAAUAAAAUCACAGUUACUGUACCAAGGCUAACGAUAGAAGUGCGCCAGGAUUUAGUAAAAUCAGCAAAAAGUUUGAGUGAAGAGGCGAAGAUUGGGAUAAGAAAAGUGCGUCAAAAAGGAAUGAAUGAUAUACGUAAACAAAGGAAAGAAAUCUCUCAAGAUGAUGCUAGGAUGCUUGAGAAUCAUAUUCAGUUCUUAACUGAUAACUAUGUUAAACAAGUUGACGACCUUUUACAAGAGAAAUCUAAAGAGUUAUUGCUGAGGUGAAAGAACAUUAACAAACCAGUGAAACAUGUCAUGAACGACUCUAUUAAUAGUAUCCGUAAAGCAAGAGCCAUUUAUGGGAAGUGCUAGAUAAAAUAGCGCGCUUUCAUUGGCUCAGAAGCAUUUUUGGCGGUCUAUUUAAACGUAAUUUCACCGAAAGAGAAUUUAGAAUUUCGACAAAAAUGGCAGAAGUUUUUUAAAACGCCAAUUGCAAGAUAAAAAAUCCUGUGAGUACGAAUGUGAUUCGGAGUAGCUAAGAACACCGGCAUCUGAGUUUUCAUUUAUAAUGCAAGCAUUUCAAAAAAUAAUAAAUGCAUGUCCUGUUUUUUCAAGUAGCUAAAACGUUUUAAAUCAUAUUAAACUCUUUAUAAACA